AUGACUACACUUGAUGUCGAUAUUCUUCAUCCAUCUGUUGAGCAGGAAGCUCACAAAAACAAGAAGAUGACACUUGUUCCAAACCCACGUUCUGAGUUCCUCUCACUUCGCUGCCCAUCAUGCACAGGCCUCACAACUGCAUUCUCCCACUCAAACGUCCCUGUUUUCUGCAAGAACUGCCAGACUCCACUUGCAACACCAACUGGUGGCCGCAUUCUUCUUGCUGAUCAAGUUGAAAUUCGUCCAAGAGUUAAUGCUUAA